AUGUCAUCGACAACGACUAUUGAACCUAAAAAAGAAUCAUUAGGCAUAUCAGCAGCUUUAAUUCUCAGUCUUGUAGGAUUAACACUUUUACUUGUCAUUGCUAUAUUAAUUAAACGAGAAAUUCGUCGAGGAAAUGUUAAAUCUAAACGUGAUGGACAUUUUUGGUCUUGUAAAUUUUUUGAUAAAUAUAAUCAAUCAAGAUUACCAAAAGAUGGAAAAAUUCCUGCAAAAGUUCGACCACAAUGGCUUCUUGUUGGUCAUCAUGAAUUACCUAGCCAUUAUUAUACAAAAGAUGAAUGUCCACAAUAUAUUGCUCGAAUGUUCACCGUUGAUCUUUACAAUGUCUUACAACAUACUUGUCGAGAAACAUUUGCUGAUAUUGAUACAACUACAGCAUUUGAAUCUUAUUUAAUUAAUAAUUAUCCAUCAUUAAGUGAAACAAUUCAUUUAUUUCGAAAACUUAAAAUUCGAGCUGAAAUCGAUUUAGUUCCAUUCACUCUUGAUGAUACGAAAGAAGGAAUUCGUAUGUAUAAUCAUUUAUUACAAAAAUUAUCUGAAUUUGUUAAUAAUCAAUAUCUUCGUCAACGUGAAGUAGAUUUAGCACUUUUUAAUCAAAGUGAAGAACAACAAAUAAAAAUGAGUUCGAAAUAUAUUCCAUUAUUACCAAAAGAUUUAUGUCAUAUACCAUUACGAUCAAUUGAUGAUGAUUCAUUAGCAAAUAUGAAUAAAAGAUCACGUUCAAAAGGUCGUUUUCCUUUUCAUUUACCAUCGUUUUUAAAUAAACGUAGAUUUUUUUCAACAAAAUCAUCAUCAACACCAACACAAUCAUCAAAGAAUCGAAAUGAACUUUAUAGAAAUGUUGAAAUAUCAUUAGACGAUAAUGAACAUGGUGACAUUUCAAUUGAUAGUCCAAUAAAUAAACAAAGUCGCCAACGACCUAAACGACACGUCGCAACAGAUGUUGUACCUUUAGUUGAAUUUCAUGAUGCACUUUCUCAAUCAACAACAUUCGGUUCAGACACAGAACAACAUACAUAA